AUGUUGCCUUCUCGACUCAGUGAUGUGCUAUCGGACGUGGAAGCAGUACUCCGGGUUUUCCGAAGGCCGGCGAGUGAUGCAUGGGUUAAGGCAAAACAUCAGCUUGAAAAGAGUCUUCGAAAGUUGCGCCACCGGUGCAAAGAAGCAGGGACAGCGGCAGUGGUGGUCGCUCCAGAUGAUGAUAUUAAUGAAGCAGAACUGAAAGCCGGGCCGGACCAAGCCGUACAAGUCGGGGAAGCGGACGAUUCGGCAUCUGAAUGUACAUCUGCCUUUCCUAACCAGCACUUGACAUUGUUCAGAAAGAUGAAUGAGUGGAAUUUUCUGGAUGAUGCUCAGAAGUUGGAGCGUUUGCAACAGGCCGAGGUGGCAACGAGGCGCCCAAGGAGAAGCUUGAGCCAAUCAGAGCUUGUGGAUAUAAUCAACAUGCCUGCAGCUUGCCUUGCAGCUCCUCAAAGAAAGGCGAUGCCGAUGCCGCACGAUGCGGAUGUGGAGUGCUCUAGUGAAGCUACACUCGCUAUGGAAUCGUGUGGUCCGAAUCUUGAUCUACAGCCACGUGUGAGGUCAUUGUUGCUGCAUGCCCUCCAUGUAUGGCGAAUUAACCUGUUUGAUUGUCAUGCCAUCGAGCAUGUGCUGGAUGUCGUGCAAGGGCAAAUCAACAAAUUUGAGGAACGGGCCGGCGAGAUUCGAGGCGCAGCAGCCGGGAAGGCUUGGCUGAAAAUCAAGCAGGCAGUCGACGAGCUGAUGCUUCGUGCAGGUGCGCCCUCGAGCUCAACGCUGCCUGGAGAAGACUUUGCAGCUGAAGCCCAAGUUCAGGCUGCCCAGCCUCUCAAACCUCACAGAGUGAAGCCAAGACUAGAGCGCCAGAGCGGCAUCCAAAACAUCAACUGGAGUGUGGGGAGACGGUGCUGGGCUUGCCAGUAUUUCAGUAACAAGAAGGGCAUGAAAUGCAAGAACACAAUUCACUACUUCCCAAUUGCCAAGUUCCUGGAGCAGGGUCUUGGUGAUGAGGCGGCUGUCGAUGCUGCACUGCAAGAAGCAAAGGCCUACCGUGAAGAGCUCGUUCGCCAGGGCAAGCUGAAGCCUCCGAAGCCGAAAGUAUACCCCGACUCAAUGGUGAGGGGCGUUUACUUCAGCCAGGGCCAGCAGAAGUGGAAGGUGCAGUUAUAUCACCCCGUCCGGAGGAAGGUAGUGCACGGUGGCUAUUUCUGUUCGCAGGAGAAGGCCGAAGCCAGGGCCCGGGAGCUGGCUUCGGAGUUCGGGGUCCAACCUGACAUCAAGGUGCUGCCGGGAUGA